GAUGACGAGGGAGCCAUGAGCACGGCGGACACCGCGCUGUCAAUCUCGAUCAAGAUGGCCCCAGGGCCGGAGCACCGUCAGGAGCCGGUAGCGCCUGACAAAAUCGCCGAGAGCGAUCGUGCCGUCGCCGCCGACGCCGCCGCCGCCGCCGCCGUCGCCGUCGCCGCCGUUGCUGCCGACGUCGUUAUCGAUGUGGAGAACGUCGAUGCCGCAUCGACAACCGGCAGCAACAACAGCAACAAUAGUAACGACAACAACAAUGACGACGGCGACAAUGACUCCGUUGCCGCUGCCGCCGCCGUCGUCGUCGUCGCCGCCGCUGCCGCGGAGCAAGGUUCGAGCAUCGAGAUCGCUCCGGCUAAUUUUCCGGCCGCUAGCGCCGCCGAUUCGAUCAGCGAAAGCUCGCCGCCGAACAGCGGCGCCGACAGCAAACAGGAAGAACCAGCAACCCUGUCUAUGCUGAAUGAUAAUGAGUUACGCGCUUUACUGGAUGAAGCUAUAACAUACAAGCGUCCGAAAGAUCGGGAAGGAAAGUCUAAUCUUUUUAAAGAACUUUUGCAAGAAGCAGAAGCGGAUGAGACUGAGGAAGGCCGUAGGGUGAUAUCUAAUUCACGCUGUCUUCCGGGCUCAAAUCGCAGAAGACACAAACGGGAGUCCGUGUCCGAGCGUUUGACACAUGGCGGUUCAUUGCAAAAUUUAGCACAGCCCAUAGCUUCGGAAUUCGACAGUAGUUUUGCUUAUCUGACAUCCAGUUCGUGUCACACUUACGGAAGCAGUAGGAGAAAGAACAAAAAAUACACGGGGCCCAGUGUCUCUGCCAGACAGAGAGAAGGUGGAUCGUUACCGUCGAAUGUAAACGCAUCGCAUAACCUUGCUUCUUUGGCUAAUUUAGAUCUAAUAUUUGAUAAAAAGAAGAGCUUCUGCGAGGAACGAUCAGCCUACGACUGGACCAAUAAGGAAAAAUCCAAGUCUCUAGACAAACCGUCAUAUACCAGUACAAAGAAAGAAGAAAAGGAGAAGGAAAAGAAGGAAUUGAAGAGAGACACCGCUAGUAGUUCAGGCGAGGCAGAGCCCGAAGCACGAGAGAAACGAGUCAACAAAGGAAAAUACGGAACAAAUGAGAUGCUGGAGUCAGAUAAUCCACCCCCGGAAUACAAAUCGGAUUACAUGGUCAUCGACUUGGGCGACGUUGAGGUAGGUGCUAUCAGCGAAAGAAAUGUGGGGUCUACGGCGAGUGGAAUUCAGAGGCCUCGCUCGUUAGACACUGAAAAUGACGAAGGGACCGAAUUGAAAAUUAUUGAACCGCGCAAACCGAUCCAUUAUGUCACACGGGCAACUUUCGAUAUAACACAGACGCCUGUGGACACCACCAUAGAGUUUCCUAUACGUGAUCAUAAGCAAGAGAAAUCAAAAAUGUCUGUUAACGGUACGGAUGUAACGGGGGCACUGUUUCAACCACACAACAGCGUAAAGUGUGGCAUAGGUGGGGCUUCAAAUGGCUCCAGCACUAGCCAGAACAAACAAAUGCUAUCUGGUUUAUGCUCCAUGAUGCCGACGUCUUGGCAAACGCAGAAUAUAACAAUGGAAGGACCAAGAUACGCAACGCAACACAUCACGAUGAAGGAUCCAUCCGUGUCCGGGGAGAAGAAAUCGUUGGACGAAAACGGAAACGCUGUACAGACCUAUAACGGUGAACGGAAGAAGCCGAGAAGGAAACACACUCAGGAACACAACGUCAAAGUUUACAAUGCCGAAAAUGUCGAGGGCCAUCGUAACGAUGAUAUCGACAGUCUAAUUAACUUCAUCGAAAACAAAGAAUCCAAGAGCAAAAAGGGAAAGACCGGUAAUCCCGUUAGAGUGAAAACUAGCUCCGGCACAAAACCGAGAACCAGAGAGAAGGAUACGAAGAGAGAACAGUUGCCUUCCAAGUUAAAGAAAUCCAAUUCCCUGGAAGAGAUCUCGAAGACAAAAUUAGAGGAUCUCACGGCAGAGAAGAGCGCCAGUUCCAGCGGUGCCAGUAGCGUAUCCAGCCAACAGGACGUAAAUAUAGCAUUGCGACGUCCAAAACAAAGAAGCACCGGAGAUACGACAGUCGAUAGUCGAGGCGACAGGCGAUCAUGGGGGACAGAGGAAGGCCAAUCGAUAUAUUGCAACGACACGGGAGAGGAUUACAUGAGCCGUCGUAAUUCCAACAAAAAGAUUAAUCCAGAAUCGGAACACGAGACGGAGUUUCUGGUAGUUACGAAGAAGAAAAAGAGCAAGAAACAGAGAAGAAGCUCCAGUGGCGGCAGGGCGCAAAACCUGACGACAUCAGGAUCGUAUCUCCAGAAUUCCAGAGGAUUCUCCAACGACUACAGAACACCUCUUUCUCCUGAACUCCGAAGAAAAUCGGCUAGCAGUAUGCCUCCGAGCGACAAGUCGGCGGAUAGUAGCGAUUUGGAUUCAGUCCACUCGUUGCCGGUUACGUCGAACACCUCGAAGCACAAUUUGUCCAAAGUCGCAAUAUCGUCGGGCGGCACUCCGCAGGCGAGUUACGCGGACAUAGCGCGCAUGGCUACUAUCAACAUGUCACACAUGUCGCACAACCUGACCAUGUCCGCCAUACUAAACACGUCAACGUGGCCGAGUGUUCCGCCUAAGACCCUCUCGGAACCGGAUAAAGUGCCUCAGGAUUACUAUCCGAGUCUAGACGAGCUGCAGCAUCCGGACAGGAAAGCGAGGCAGCAGCAGGCUCAGUCGAACCAUGCAGCAGCGAGUUUGGGUCUGGCUUUCGAAAAACCACUUUCGCCGACCCUGGCGAAGAUGAAGAAUUCGUCAGACCGAAAGAAAGCCGAAGCUCAGGAAGAGGCCAUCAAUAAGAACAUCCAGGUGUUUAAAUAUGUGCAAGAAAUCGAGAAGAUGCACGAAAGCCUAACGCAAGCGAACACGGAAAACAAGGAGCAGAAGAGCGCGACUUGUAGUAAUUACAGCCCAAAUUCAAACGAGACUACCGCGACGAACGCCGUAACGCCAAGAUAUAAUAAUAAUAGUACAACGAUGAAUUACAAUCCAGUCGAUAUCGAUAACAAUCAUAAUUGCACCGUCAACAAGGAUUCUGCUACGCUUCCACGAGCCAACAAUCCUCGCUCUCGUAGGAAUUACGUACACAGUAAUCCAAUUGUACAACCUCAGGGAUCCCACGAAGAACAACACGUUAAAAAGCCCUCUUAUCACGAGGAGGCAAUUAAAAAAUCGCAUAGUAUCGACAUCCCGCAAUCCGAGAGCAGGACUAAUAACCCAACAAUCGCGUUGCACGAUGCAGACGCGCAGAAGUUGAAGACCACGAAACCUCCGCAGGACUCGCAGAGCGUCGAACCUGAAUCCGGCAGUAAGACGACCAGUGGUGGCGAUCCUCCGAGGACAGUUAGGGUUACGAAGGAGUAUCAGAGCACCGCGAUAAAGCACGAUGCGACGAAAGUCGGAGUCUGCCAGCCGCAAGGCUCGAAGCAAGAUAAUCAGCAGCGCGACGACAGCGCGGAGAGCAAGAAGGCGAAGUCGCAGAACGCGCAGCCCGAUAAAGACCAGUCGCACAGGUCGUCCGCGGAGGCGCAGCAGAAGAGUUCGACACCCAGACCCGCGGUGAUCCUGCUGGACGAGACCUCCUCGGACAUCGCGAAGAACAACAAUCUGCCGACGGAGCUCACGUUCGGCUUCGAGAUAAACGAGCUGCUGCUUUCGGAGGACAACGGCAACGAGGAAACCCCGACGAUCGCGCCAUCGAAUCCCGUUUUUUCCCCGGCCGUACCGCCGCCGCUCGUCAACAAGCCGCCGCCCGGCAACAAUUUCGAGAGGAAUCCGCCGUUGUUCGCCGAGAAACCCGUGCGAUACGACAAGUUCUCCUCGAAUUAUCACAUGCAGCAGCCGAACGCUCAUCCCGUGGCACCGGCGAACGCCCAUCCCGUGCAUCCGGUCAUGGUGCAACCGUUGCCGUACAUGAGCUAUCCCGCCACCAGAUUCGCGCCGCCCACAUAUCUGCCACCGCCGCCCCCGCCGCCGCCCGGGAUCAUGGAAAAGUUUCAUCCGCCUAAGGAGGAUUUCUCGAUGCUUUACGUAGCGCCCGAGGAAGAGCUGAACGUGCAGACGUACAACCAUGAUAAGAUCGUGUCGUUCGUUGGCUUAGCAUGGGAUGCUGUCAUGAGGGAAAUGCCCGGUAUGACGACCGGUCGUAUACAGUUUUACAGCGGACAGUGAAGUGAGAAAGUUUUUCGACACGCCGAAGGAAAUGACAGUAACUUUUGUACUGGUAAAUCACUUCCAUUACAAAUAGCUAGUUUGAUGAGUCUCGAUCCGCGUUGAUCUGCGAGACCAGAUACUUCUGUGUGUUGCGCGCACGGUUGCUCCUCUCGCGAGACGUAAUGCUCGCUCGGAGGAUCCGCCUGUCUUACUUCUUUCGAGUCAAACGCUGAGUCAACGCGCAAGAUUGAUGGAGCCGAGUGGUGCAAAGUGUGCCUCAAGAGAUAAUAAUAGCAAUGUACAUAUAAAAUCAGUCAAACAAAAACGGAGAGAAUGGAGGAAAUGGAUGAAGUGUAUAUUCCAGUAAUGUACAUUGUACUUGCGUAAAUUUCCAACGAUUGUGACAGUGUCGCAGAACUUCAGUAUUGACAAUUAGGAACGUUUGGUCGGAAAAUAUCUCUUUCUCAAGAAAGAGAGAGAGAGAGAGAGAAAGAAACAGAUUUGUUCUGUUUCUUUAAAUAAAGGGAACUUUUAGCGUGUUGAAUCACGCGUGUACAUACGUCAGACAUCUCUAUAAAUUUUUAAAGAUUGUCUUGAUUUAUAUGGGUGUAUGAUUUUAAAAGAAGUGCUUAAAAGAAAGAGCUACAAAAGAUAUGGACUAUGUAAUAACCAGGUCGUACCACCGAAGCGAGUCUGGAAGAAGUCUCGCGCAUCAACAGCGGUAUCUCCUGGUGCCUUUGGAGCUGCGAAUCUUUAGGCGAAUCAACGGGGAAGCAUUGAAGGAGCCUGCACUAAAUCACACAUCGAGUCGAGAAAUCUAUGAGAAGUAUCGUAAAAAAAAGAAAAAAGAAACAUCUGUAAGUAGUUUCGAACUCGUGAACGGGGGACGAUCUUAAAUCGAUCAUCAUGGAAGAUCAUGAAUCGGCGAGUUAUGAUCGGUGAGUCGAAAUAUGACGAAGGUCAGAAUAUCGUACUUUACUCGAUAAAUGCAAAUUAAGAUGUGCGGACUGUAAAUCAGAGAAAUGUAAAUGCGCGGUUGUAAUAUAUUGAAAUAGUGUGGUUGACUUACAAGAACUCAGAGUGGCUACUUCUUCCAGCCGUGGAGCAUUCGAUAGCUUAAAAUAGUAACGGGAAAAAAAAAAGGUCACUAACUGAGUUUCGAAAAUGUCAAAGUAAGCUCAAAGUCUGGUCAAAUGUCUGUGAAGAUAGAAUGCUGAAUGUAUUGAAAAAAAAAAACGUUAAAUUUUUACACAGACUUGCUUAUUUAAUAAAAAAAAAAAAGUAACUGAUAAUUAUUCAUAAUGAUAAUUAUAAGAAGAUGCUUGUGAUCAGUAAAAAAAAAAAAAUACUUUGGUAUGAAUGGCGCGUGUGCGUAAAUUCGUGUUAGACUGUGUGUCGGGUGAUCGUGAGAGUGAGAUUGCUGUUCGAUUGCGGAGGGAGGCAUUGCCCCGGGAAAGAUAAUCCGUGUGCUGUCCACUGUAUUACUGUGUAUCAUUUUGCUCAUUAAUUGUAGCUUGACUUUCAUCAAAGCUCUACACGCGAGAUACGUUCCCAGUUCCUAAGCUUCCGUUUCGUCGAGCGUGUCUUACCAACGAACGACGGGUUUCCGUCGAUUAUCCGGAACGCGCGGGGGUUUCUCUUGCAUUUUUCUUUCUUUUUCCGAGGCAUUGAUUUACAGGCGUAAGAAGGAAAACGUUGAAACGCGUUACGCAUUUUCGAAUGAAGCACGUCUGUAGAUGAAAGCAUAUAACGCUCUGUAAUAUAUAAUGUAUGUAUAUACGGAAGUAUAUAUACGGGUGGAUCUUUUAAAAUUAACUGGAGAUAAAAAGAAAAGAUAUAUAAGCCGUAUCUUAAAAAUUCGUAUGCCUGUAAAUGCCUAAAAAAAAAUAUAUAAAAAAAAUUGAGCCUAAGAGAAGUAAAAUAACGCAUGUAACGCCGCUUUUAACUACUGUAAUUAUACGGUUUUUAAAUGUAAGUCAAUGAAUUCUGUAACCUCAGGGGACACUGCAGGUCCGCGGUAUCGUGCUCCAAAUAUACUAAAUACGGAUUAAAUAAUAUCCUUUUGCGUUUGAAGCUAACAUUUUAGUUACAAGCUUUCAGCUCGUUUCGCGACGCCGCCUCUCGCCGGGGCGCGUAAACACAUUCUAAUAAUCAUAAUGAUUUAAUUAUUAACAUGUUGUUAUAACAUUGCGAAAUCGUGUCGUUCUACACGAGAAUAUAAAAAAAAAACCUUCGUACAGCAGUCUCAUAUAUCUAUGUGGAGAGAAUGAAUGGGAAGCGAGUCGUGGAAACUUAUCGCCUUCAUAGGUAAAUCACAGAGAUAAGUUUCACAGUGGAAGUAUGAAAGUGUACUUGUAUGUAGUAUUAUAACGCGAGUUAAUUAUUAAUUAAUGAAUUUAGAAUUGGUAAAGUUUGUUAUAUAUCGUUCUUUCUUUGCGAAAAUAUCAAAAUUGUGUAAAAACGAAAAAAAAAGAUAGCCGUGCUCCGUUGAUAAUUUUCAUUUUUGUCCAGUAUAUAGGAGAUAGUUCCAGCUGGAAGUACAGCUUUCGAGAUAAGCGAGAAAAUCGAGAUAUUUAAUUGUACGACGCAAGCGUUUAUCGCGCAUAUCGGAGAGUAACUCGGAAAAAAAAAGAGAUACGACCGUAGUUCGCAGCUAAAAUAUCUGUUAUGGACUUGACGAAGUGUCUCCCCUUUCCCUUCGUUCCUCUUUCCCUCUUUUUUUUCCUUUUUAAAGCAACUUCGCGGAAAAUAUCGCGUUUUCCGACGUUACGUUGACUGUACCAGACGUCCGGACACGCCUUUAGCUUACCCCUCUCUUUUUUUUCCCCUCUCAAUUAUCAUGUUUUAUACAGUCAGUUGCCAGUGUCGACGUUACAUUCCAAAAGUGUAAUCGCGAGAGCCGCCUUUCCACUUCUUCGACCGAGAGAGAACUUUCUUUUCUAUCUUCCCCUCGUGUUUCUUCCGGAUUCCUCCCCUCCCCCUCCCCCCCACGUAUGUUACUCCCACGGAGGAUGCACUGGAUUGCACGAUUUUUGUUCUUUUUUAUCUUCCGUUUGUUUCCGUUUUAUUUUUAUUUUACACACGUAAAUGCACCUCUCGACACGCUGCAUACUGAGUGAACGGUCUCGCGGUACACCGGUUGUUAAUUUUACUGAAAAUCGCUCGAGCAGCACGGCGUUGCUCUCCGCACGUGGACGUGGAAACCUCCUCCCCUCCCGCCCUGCUUUUUUCCGAGUUACCUCGACACGUGAAGAAAUCUACAAUUCAAAAACACAUACACAAAAAAAAAA